GUGAACGACGGCUGGCCCUGCUCGCGGACGUUUGCCCGGCGCACCCGUCGCCCCCACCCCCCGCGUCGGCUCUAAAGCGGCCGCCGCAGGGGCUCGCUGGGUUGCAAGGUUGGCGAACGGCGGGGGAGUCUCGGCCGCAGGGCGCGGGAGGCGGACGCGCUGAAUCAGCGGCCCUAGGGAAGAACUUGUUCGGGGUGGUGUUUUGUGUCCUUUAAACCCAGGGCCCCGCACCGUGCUCUAUGGGGCUCUGGUGUGAUGGCAUUCAGGACUGAGACAAGCUGCAACUUGAUGGACUAAGGCAUGGCACUUAAAAUAUGGGACAUGUGACAGCUCUACUUCAGUUUACUUAAAGGUACUGCUAUGAGGAUUAUUAGCAAUGACUGAUGUGGAAUCUACCUAUGCAGAUUUCAUUGCUUCUGGAAGAACCGGGAGAAGGAAUGCUCUUCAUGAUAUCCUUGUGUCCUCUACGAGUGGGAAUUCAAGUGAAUUAUCCCUGAAGUUAUCAGAACUUGAUAUAAACAAAACUGAAGGAGAAGAUGAUGCACAGAGAAAUCCCACUGAACAAACUGAGGAACCCCAGGGAGAAGCAACAAAACAAGAAAACUAAUGUCCCACUUUGACCAACAGCAGCAGUUGUGGGAUGUUUUCCAACUUCAAGAGCCUGCCAGGAAAAAUUGUAUUUUGUGAGCUAGCUGAUUGAACAACAGCAGCAGCAAAUAAAACAAAAUUAAAAAUGGAUGUGUUUUGUUAUUCAAACCGACAAAACCCAGCCCUAAAAAGGGGAAAGCAGGUGGUAGCCAUAGACAGAACUUUCUCUACCUCUGUUAGCAAUGGUUGAGACUUUGUUGCUGACUUUGCGAGACUCUUGACAGAUGGAUCUCAUCACAAAUCACCAUUUGAUGAAAUGCCUGUAAGACAUAGAAAAAACUAGGUUGUGUCCCAAGUGGCCUUCAACUCACCAGGGGCAUGAAUUGCAUUGUUAUGGCAAUGGCUUCACUGAACCUCAGAGCUGUCUGGCUAGAGUGUUCACCUAUUAGAAUCACCUGUAAAGGAAGCACUGUUUGUUUUUUCAAGGAACUCUGCUUCUAUGUUUUUUCAGCUCUGUUACUUACAAUGUUUUAUAUUGUACAAUUUAGAGUACACUGCCCCUUCUCAAAACACUUAUGAAGGCAACUUCAUUGACUGUGAAUUUUUUCUACCACUUGUUUUGAAAGGGCUACAGUUCUUUUCUUCUUUUUGCAUAAUGUGGUGGUGUGUAUUUGAUAGACUCUAAAACUACUAAACAGAUGGAAUUGUAACCUAAUUAUUCAUCAGCAUUCUUUCACAGAAGAAUAUACAAUAUAACAAACACGUAGUUUGACAUGUCUGGUGUUUUCUUAGUACAGUUAAGUCACUUUGCUUAUAGUUGGUUGGAAAUCCAAGAUUCAAACAGAAUACGUUCUUUAAUCUUCUCCUUUAAGGAAUUUAAAAUGUAAGGUUUUUUUUAAAAAAAUCUAGUGCAGAAGUUUUAGGAGUAAACUUAUCAGUAUAGCUUAAAAGCAGAAAUGUUGCACUGGGGUUACAUGAGAAACAGAAAAGCCCCAGAAAGAUGGUCAAUAUUUGUUCUCUAAAAUGACAUGUAUAUUUAUUGUAGUCUUUAGAACUGGGUUCUUAAUUUUCAGUAGUCAAGGCUGGAGCAAAACAAAACAAAAAAAGUCUUGCUAUGGCAAUCAAGUGGACACCUAUCACAGAGUUUUUGUUGUUUUAUUCUAAGCCCAAAUGUUUAUUUUUCUUUAUUAGUAAAGUGAUGUCAUGUUUACUUUGUUUGAAAUGUUAUGCACUUUUUAAAAAAAGUUUGUAAACUUUACUAAAGGAUUAGUGUAACUUUGCUUUCUAGUAAAUUUGAAUAUUGGUUAAUGAA